AAACCAUCUCAAAAUGAGUACAUAUACAAAUAAUUCUAGGACUAGACCAAGGUUUCGUGAUCGAGCCAAGAAUCAAAUGAAUAAAUUCAAGUCGGCCGUUUCAAGUGCUUUGCCGUCAGUGACUUCAUUUGGAAGCAGUGAAUUUGAACGACAUCCUAGAGUCUGGGAAAGUUUGGUCACCUCUGGUAUUGUAGCAUUAUUUACCCUAAAUGUAGUCUUCUUGUAUCCACUUGUUUACGGAGGUUUCCUCAAUGUUAUUUAUCCUCCUUGGACUGCACCCGAGCCCACUCCAGCAGAGAUGCUUACAACUGUUGAAUUCACCAAAUUUUGUUACGAAAAUAAUAAACUGUCUGAGAAAUGUGUUUAAUCAUGAAUGGUUGCAGUUUCAUUAUAGCGUUAAUUACAGUUACCUUUUAUUAUCAAACAAGUCCAAUUGUGAUUGCAAUUUAAAUUUCGUUAAGUGUUGAUUACAUAAUUGUAUAAUUUAAGAUUGAAUGAGAGGCCACAUUCCAGUUAAUCGGACCAUCAACGAACCAGUAAGGUACCUUUUCCGGGUGCUGAUUAUCCCAUGUCUUAGCUUUUUCUCCGCGCCAUGAGAUUCUAUCAACGAAGUCGAUAUUCAUGCAUGAUAUUCAAUAUGAAAUAAUCAUCUUUUUCAAUUUUCGGGAAAAGGGAAGCAGUUGACUAAUCCAGUUCAAGAUUAAUAUUCAGAGGAGGCCUCGACUGGAGUGGACUUUCGUCAUAAACUUGAUAAGUCAAUAGCAUCAAAAGCCAACGAGCACGUUUCAUGAGAUCGAAUUCAAUUUCAUGAUUUUCAUAUGAUUCAUGUUUGAAACAUUUGUCAAGCUUAUUUGAAUACGCAUCUAUUUCCUCUUUAGUUAUAUUAAAGGUUAAAUUAUCUUUGUUAGCAGAAUCGAUAAAAUCGAAUCUUCUAUCGAAUAUUCUUAUUCUUGAAAUGACAAUGUUUUAAUUUUGCUCUAUUUGCUUCUCUCAAACCAUGUUUCACUUUCUUAUAGAAUAAAAAUUGAGACUUUUGUGCACCUCUCACCUCUUUUGAUUGGAAUGAAGUGGACCAAAAUCUUAUAGGGACAUCAUCCAUUGAUACAACAUGUACAAUUUGGGGCUUAGAGACUGGUCAAGCAUUGAAUCGUGUAAACCUUGCUUUUGUCUUUUAUCAUUGUCCACCAGGUGAUGAUCAUCAAGCGCUCAUCUGGGAUAUAUCACAGAUGCCACGAGCCAUUGAAGAUCCUCUCUUAGCCUACAAUGCUGAAGGUGAAAUUAAUCAAAUUCAAUGGGCAUCUACACAACCAGAUUGGAUCGCAAUUUGCUACAACAAUUUUCUUGAAAUUUUGCGAGUUUAAGACUCAAGUGUUUUCUCUUCUUCAUACCAAUUAUUCAUCCUUGAAAGCUAGAGGUAACCUAAAAUUCCAUCCACAUACGAAUUCAUGUGAAAUUUCUCAUUUAAUCAUCCAUUUUUGCAAAUCACAUUUCUUCCUAAUGCAAAUACUUUUUUUUUCAAAUCGAUAGUUAAUGUGAGAUAUCAAGAAGAGAUUCCAUUUUUUUUUUCGAGCCCUUCAGACUCAUUUAUUUAUUCUGAUUUUUCUUGACAGUUUUACAGUUUGUGACUAGAUUGUUAGCUUUAGAUAAUCAUGACUGGAGCAAUUUUUGCUACCUGAAGACCAAUUUGUAUGCUCUCUUCGAUUCAAAAUUAUUGUUGAUCUCUAUCAAGUUAUUUAGCACGAAUUGGACAUCACAUUUUUUACUUUGAAAAUUUGAUUAUAAAAUAAAAUCAAAUUAUAUAAUUGUAAUAAGGCA